AUGUUUCGUUUUACCGAGCUCGUUUUUAUCGCCGCUACCUGGUCACUCGCUACUGCACAUACCGUUAUCGUCUACCCAGGAUGGAGAGGAAACAACAUCCACACCAACGGAACUAAGUCUGACACAGACCCAUCGAUUCCAGAUGGCUCGAUCGGUAUCAACUAUCACGAAGACACCGGCACAUAUGGAUUUCCAUACGGCAUGCAAUGGAUGUACCCAUGUGGUGGCAUGCCAAUGUCGCAAAAUCGCACAAAGUGGCCGGUGAACGGCGGCGCCGUCGCAAUCCAACCCGGAUGGUUCCCAGGCCACUCGCUCGCCAUGUUCUACGUCAACAUGGGUUACGGCAACGAACCGCUAAACUACUCGCACACGAUGGUGCCAGUCUUCCAGAUUACAGGGCCUACAAACCAAGAAUACCCCGGUUCCUUCUGUCUACCGCAAGUCCCAUUACCUGCCAACUACACACCCCAGGUUGGAGACAACGCGACUAUCCAGAUUAUUGAGCUUGCGCAACACGGCGCUGCUCUUUACAACUGUGCCGACAUCACUUUCGCCGAACCAGAGGAUGUUCCCGAAGUCAACAGCUCAAACUGCGUUAACACAACAAACGUCGACGACCACAUUGGCUUCCAAAUCGUAUACUCGACAACAUCAUCGCCAGCGCCACACAACAUGGUCGUCAAUACCUAUGCAUCAAUCAUAGUACCGGCAAUGCUUGCAGCGGCGUCGUGGAUUACAUGGGUUGUCUAG